ACUCUGUGUUCAAGUGAAAAGUGUGGAAUAGCUCGUAUAGAAGUUGUAAAGUUGGUAUUGGCGGGUGAAAACUGCAAACUGCAUUGAAUUUCUGGUCAAUUUGCCAGAAAUAAAUUGUAAAAUAAUCAAAUAAAAGAAGUAUUGCCGCGUUAUUGUGUUUAUUUGUGCCAGCAGUAGUGGAAAAGUGCCGGAGAUAAGCAGAUUAUUGCUUUGAAAAUUUGCGUUAUAUAUGAAGUGCUGGUAAAUUUUUGUCAGAAGCGCCGACACCGUCGCCAUACCACUGACGCAGCGAAUAGAAAAUAAGCGGGUGUGCAUCUUUAUAUAUUUCAGUGAAGUUAAUUUGGACUAUUUUCUAAAAUGCCCAUCUGCAAACGCGAUGGCUUUGAUAAUAUGCCAUCUCGUAGCCGAGACGAGACUUUUCAUGACAACGACGAGGUGUUCUUUUGUGAAGUUACAAAGGAAAUCUUUCGCGACUAUGAGGACUAUUUCCGUCAUGUAAUGGUGAUAAAUUCUACUGUUUGGCAGUGCGAAGCAACUGGCCGCGACAAUCUCACCUACGCAGAGGCAUUACGAAGUGAACGACGCGCGCGUAAGAAAAUGGAACUUUUUAAAUAUUGUCUUCGAGCACCUGUAUUGUUAGUAAUUGAAAACUCUAAGCAAUCCUCAUUGAACACUCUGUGUGUGAUCUUAUGCAAGUUUUUGCGCAAACGCUUUUUUAUUAAUGAAGAAGUAAUGGCCUGUCACAAGUCGUCUACUUAUAAUCCCUACACUGUUAUAGGCAUUAUUCCAUAUACUAAAGCGCCUCCAGCCAACGGCGUAUACGAGGAAACUGAGAAACUUCAAUACAAAUUGCGCCGAAAAGGAAGCAAUGAAGCAGAAGUAAUUGUUCCUUUUGAAAAAAUACGACGUCAGCGGCAGGACUUUACUACAGAAAACUUACAGAUGUUCGUGAAAGAUAAUGUAACACGUAUAGAUGGUAUAUUACGCCCAAAACCAGAGUCUUAUAAAAAAUAUGUGACAGGUGAUAAGAUUCAUUUCGAAAAUAUUUUCAUAGGAAAAAUGCCUCAUUUCACACCCGCAAAAAUUAAACGUCCACCGCAAGACUCUGGUAAUAAGAAACAAUCGACACUGAAUAAAUACUUUACCAAAGAUGGAGAAUCGGAAAGCAGUGGUAAAUCGAGUGAACAAGAGGCAGCUAGACAAGAGAAAAAACGUGCUGAUGAGGAAGCCAGAAUGCUUGAGAAACUCAAGCGUAUUGCUGAACAGGAACGGCAAAAAGUUGAGAAACGCGCCAAGUUAAUUGAGCGCGUGGAAGCAGAAUGCACUGCACUGCUUACAAAGACUGAUGACUUGGAGCGCACAGACCAGCGUUUACUGCCCAUAUAUAAAGCCGUCAAAACAUAUAUACCAACCAAGCUCGUUGGAGAUGCCUUCAUGAUUCGAGAAUUCAUGCAUUGCUUCCCAACCAUAUUGUCAGGCAUCGAAGUUUUUCGCGGCAAUUUAAGUUUUUAUGAUAUGUGCCGCGCUUUUAGUUUACGUGAAGUGGCUGGACCACUAUCCGACAUCAUUUUAAUAUUUCUGGGUACAGUUUUUGAUUUGCAGAAGGAAGAAGAGGAAGAUUGUAGCGUUGAGUAUGUGCUUUUGCGGCCAGAGAUGCGAAAACGUGAACCUUUGAUAACUAUGUCCGAGGCUGCUCGUGCCCAUUCCUACGCAAAACGACAUUUCUCUUUUAAAAUAAAUGAGUUGCCGAUCGAUUCUUUGACGCUGGGCGAAGUUUUGCGUUUACAUCUGCUAUCGUCUGGAUCUUUGGUGAAAGAACGAGCUGAGAAAUGGAGAAUUAAAUAUAGAAAUGGUUAUUCAUCGUCGGAGGAUCCGGGACUUGCGCUGCGCAUGAGGCACCCGCACAUUUUGCGUGCACUAAAGAUGUACACUCUCUACCAGUUACCAUUUAUUGACAUUAUGCGUAUUGUACGUUGCUUGAUGGCUCAAAUACUGACUUACUCAAGCCCAAUAAACCUUAUUGAAGAACGUAUGGAGCAGGUGUCGAUAAGUCGGACAGAGUUGCGAGUACUAAGCACCAUGGAGAAUAUGCGUUUGGCGAAUGUUCAAACGCAAAAGCGAACUCUAACUAAUGAGUUCAACCAACAAUGCAUGACAGAUGAGGUAAAGAGUAACGAAGAGAAAAAAAAACAACUAGAGGAUAAAUUAAAUAAAAAAGUUGCAGAAUUACUGGCACAAUCAGAACGGGAGCGUAGAAAGUUCGAACAGCAAUUACAAGGUUUUAAUUCAUCAAUAUUCAAUUUCCUGGUUUACCUUGGCAUGGAUCGUGCCUACCGUAAAUAUUACGUUUUAGAAUCAAUGCCAGGCGUUUUUGUUGAGCAUACUCCAGAUAACCUUGACACUUGUUUAAGUGAACCUCCCCAAAACGCUUUGGUGGAAAAUGCCUUACUCUCAAAUAUUGAAAACUUGCCAAGAACCCGAAAAGACUUACGUGCGUAUUUAUUAAAAAUGUAUACUAAUGAAGACAAGCAGGCAGCAAAGGCCGCAAAGGCAAAAAGGGCAUCGAAAAGUACAGGGCCUAUUGCCGAGACACAAGAACAAAAGGAAGAUAAAGAAAACCAUCUAGUAAAUGGUAUCGCAAAUGGUAAAGAUGUCAUCGAAGAAGGAGAGCAAGCGUCUAAGAGUGAAUCCGAUUCAAAAGAACCUCUUUCACAAUAUCAGUUAUUUAUGUGUACUGGGGAUCCGCGAAACUGUAUUGUUCACGAUGAACGAAAUGCCGACAGGCAGAGGUGGUCUUAUAUUUACGAAAAGGAAGACAUUGAUGCAUUGAUAUCAGCACUUAAUCCAUUGGGCGAUCGAGAGUCUCGUCUAAAGGAGCAGUUAACCACUCUGCGCCAACUUAUUAUUAAUCAUUGCAAAAAAUGCCCCGAAGAAUUGCUAACAUUAGAUGAAAAGCAAUUGUCUAAAUUCAAGGCGGCAAUGAUGACCGAAACUUAUCGAAAGUAUAACAAAGCCAACUUUGGUUUUGAGGAAGAUGCUGAUCUGAACGAGGUAAUGCAUGCUGCUCUCGUCGAUCGUAUAAUUCAGUUUGAAAGCGACAUCUAUACAGGUGAUCUGGGCCGAUUAAAGGUGAAAGAUAUGGUAAAAUGGCGGACGGAUCUCCAAUCUAAUAAAUAUGAUUCACAAGUGAAAUUACAAUGGGGACCAAAUCAUCCCCAGAAAGCCAAUGCCAACGGUGGAGAAGACGAUGAGUUUGCCGAAGAAGAUGUAGAAGAAGAUAUCGAGACAGAUGCAAAAGAAUUUGGACAAUACGGAAACAAACCUUUCAGAGAUCCCGGUGAUGCGUUGGGUGACACAAUUGAAAUCGACUCAGAGGAUAGUGCUGAUGAUCUAAUAUCAUUACAUGAUUCAAACACAAUCAGAACUAAUGUACGAAAUAGUGCAUCUGCUCUGUUGCAAGUAGAGCAGGCAAUCGAACGUCGCUUUAUAAAGGAACCCUUUGGUGCACCAAUAAAAGAUAUAAAGGACAAAGAUUUACUUGAAAGAAAGUUGAAAUGGGGGGCCGCACGUCUAAAACAAUGGGAGCUGUCACUAAUGCAGAGCACAAGUUUUUCGCAGGUGUUUCUUCAUUUAAAUGUUCUGCACGAUUGCAUUCUGUGGGCUCGUUCAACUAACAAAUCUCUCUGUCAAGUAUGCCGUCGGGGCAGUGAUCCAGACAAAAUGUUGCUAUGCGAUGAAUGUAAUGGUGGCACUCACAUGUUCUGCAUGAAACCCAAAAUGAAGACCGUGCCCGAGGGUAAUUGGUACUGCGCUCGGUGUGUCAAACGUUUGGGCUUACGUAAUGAAAAUGAGGAAAAAAAUAGUAAAAAUUCAUCGCAAAAACGAAAACGUACAUUCAAUAUUGACGAUAAUAUAGAUGAUGGUAUGGUGAAUGGCUCUAAAGAUGGUGAGCGUGCACGUAGUACCGGACGCCGUAGUAAUAAGCGCUUGCAAUCAAAUGAAAUCGAAGAGACACUGGAUAAUUACAACGACGAGGCUACGCACGACAGUGAUGAAGAAGCAAAUGGUGAAUAUGAAGAUGCAAAUAAUGACAGCGGUAACUCGGGCGACGAUGGUGAAGUAGGUAGUGAUAAAGACGAAGAUGCUGAAGAUGAGGCUGAGGUUGAUGCAAGGAAAAAGUCUGAGGAUGGAUCAGAGCAAGAGGAAGAUGAUAAUGUUUGUGUUGUCUGCUCAUAUGAUGGAAGCGAUUUGAUGUGUAUACGCUGCAAAGAAACUUUCCAUUUAGAGUGCAUUAACAUGAAGCGAGCCCCUCGUUAUAAUUUUAUAUGUUCAAAAUGUAAAUCGACAAACGGGAAUGAUAAAAGGUCUCCAAAAAGCGCACGAAGUAAUGGCAAACACAUAUUGGAUUCUUCAAACGAUGACGAUGACGAGGAUUCUGAACCAUUGGUGAAACGCAAGCGACCGUCACGGUCAUCUUUACGCCAUUCUGGUUAUCAGCAGCAGCCACAGCAACAGAAUGGCCUCGACAGCAGUCCACGGGAAGCGGCUAAAUCGGCAUCACAACGGCGGUCAAUUCGUCGAACCGGUGACCAUUUACCAUUGAACAGUGCCGCAUUGUAUGAACUUCUCGAUGAUGUUAUGAAACACCAAGAUGCUUGGCCGUUCACACGUCCCGUUUCGCAGGCUGAAGUACCGGACUAUCACAAGAUUAUAAAAACGCCUAUGGACUUAGCAAAGGUGAAGUCAAAGUUAAAUAUGGGCGCAUAUCAACUGAAUGAGGAAGUAAUGAAGGACAUACAAUUAAUCUUUCGAAAUUGCGAUGAAUACAAUGUAAAAGGAAACGAAAUUUACACUGCUGGUUGUACGUUGGAAAACUAUGUUAUAGAGCAAUGCAAACGCUUAAAUCUACCAUUUAAACCCAGCGACAUGAAUUCUUCGUAAUAACUAUAAAAAAUAUUUCAUAAAAUUACAAUUACAAGAGUUGUAACCUCAUGAGCUAAAUGGGAGUGACUUCAACUGUUUCUUAGUACCGCAUAGAAAAACUAUUUUGAAAACCAAUAACAAUCAUCGUUACAGUUUUAAAUUUGUUGUAAACGGAUAUUUUGGAAGUUUUUUUUUUUUAAAUACCGUCUGAUUAUAGUCCACGCACGCACCUAUCUAUUACUGCUGCACAAUUAGGGAAUUCGCCAGGUGUUAUAAAAUUACGUACUUUUUAUAGCGGCUAAAAAUAUAUUUUGGUGUACCAUGACAACAUCAACACCGUUGUGACACCUUGUGAAUCAUCUUAUGGUUAAACAUUACAUUAAAUAUGUACUUAAUGUAACUUAACGUUAAAAAAAACAGUUAUACAUUUUCCUAUAUAACAGGUUGGCUUUAAGUUACGUUACGUUAAGUCUACAUCUAGGCAGUGUUUUGAUGCUAAAAUUUUAUUUUAAUUAUGACAAGAAGUUUGAAGUAAACAUUUAGCUCCUAAAUUCCAAAUAUACAGCGCUCUGAUUAAGCCGAUUUAUGGCCCAAUUACUCAAUGUUAACACUAACUGCAGAUUAAACAUCGUUAUCGACGUGGUGCACUCCAUAACAUAUGUAUAACAGGGUGUCAACAAUGUCGAUGGCGAUGUUUAACAUGUAGUAGUAGACAUUAAGAAACCGGCGCCAAGAAUAUAGCUCCGCAACAAGGUUUUCAGGCAUUGAUUUUCGGCGCUGAUGCCAUAAUUACAACUUGCAGCUGAAUAGAGCGCUGAAAGCAUAAAAAGCGCAUUAUGCCUGAAAAGCUUGUUGUGGGGUUGUGCUCUAAAAGCAUUUAGAAAAUUUUAAGAAACACAUAAUGCUUAUUUAAUGCAGAAAUAGCUAUUAACUUUGUAAGUUCAUGAAAAAUCGUAUGUUUAAGUCUAGAUUAAGUAAAAUUUCAAAUUAAGAACAAAAAAAUAAAAUAAACGAAAUUGAUCACAUUAUCACAAGCAAGAAUAUAAUAAUUAUUACUAUUACAAA